CAAAGGUCAUCAAGCAGGAUGCAGAUGAAGUGACAAACCAGGAAACAGUCGGAGACUCAGAGUCAAAGACUCAAGGUCUGAGAGUCAAAGUCCAGCUCUGGCGUCUGUGCUCUGCUCUGAUUGGUCCACAGACAGCAGGUGAGCGGGGUUGUCAGGUGAGAAGCAGCUGUGAUGAUAAAGGAAACCUUCAUUCAUCAUUCAGCAGCUUCACUGUGUCUCUGAGGACUUUACCUGCAGCCAGAGGGACGGCUCAUCAUGGACUUGGACAGCAUCGACGGACUGAAUGAGAUCCGAGCGUGUGUUUACAGAGCUGCCGCCAAGAUCCAGGCUCUGCAGAGACACAUGGAUGUGGUGUCCGUUCGACACGUUACGUCGGCCAUCGGCUCGCUGAGCGGGACGCGGCAGCACGACGUGGGGCUGAACAGGGAGGAAGUGACCCGGGCUCUCAACAAGAUGUUUCACAGCGUGCCACAGGAAGUGGCCGGUCACGUGACCGCGGCGGCUUCAGCUGAAACCUGCAGUCUGAUGUUCAGGCUCUAUGACAGGACUCAGGCUGGCCGUGUCUCUGCUGCGUCUCUUCGAGUUGGUCUCGUCGCUCUGUCCUCAGACAGUUUGCUGCUGAAGUACAGAGCUCUGGUGAGUGUUUCUGAAAACAGCUCGGGAUCUGUCAGCAGGUCCGGACUCAGAUCUGUGCUUCUGGACCUCAGCCAGAUUCCAGCUGCCGUGCAGGAAGAAGCGGUUUUUGGCGGCGUGGAGGCGGCGGUGAGGUCAUGUUUUAACGGGGUGUUGACGCCGACGGUGAGCGGAGAACACGUGUUGUCGUGGCUGCAGAGCGAACCGCGCCUGUUGCUAUGGUUACCCACUCUGUUCCGGCUGUCCGUGAGUCAGAACGUCACUCACAGAGUCCGAUGCCACACCUGCAAAACUUAUCCCAUCUCUGGACUCAGGUAUCGCUGCAUGAAGUGUGUGAAUGUCCACGUGUGUCACAGCUGCUUCCUGAGCCACCGACAGACAAGGAAACACAGAGCCCGCCACCCGCUGCUGGAGUUCUGCACACAGCCCACCUGGAAGGAGUCUCUGUGUUUGUUAAUGAGCAGCGCACGCCAUGCCCUGUUACCACGGCGAUACACUCAGAGAGAGGCUGAUAGGAGGAGAGUCCUGAUGUGGGCGGAGUCAGGGGAGGCUGAGAACAGGGCUCCGCCCCCUUCUGAUACCGCCUCAGGAAUGGCUGACUCAGCUGUCCGUCACAGUCCCUCCUCUGACAGACGUGUAUCCCAUGAUGCCUCAGUGCAACCUCCUCCCUGCUCAUCUUCAUCUAAAGCUCUGCAGACUGACGGGGAGACGCCCACUCAGCAGUCGAAGGCGGCGGCGCUGCUGACCGAAGUCAGAAACCUGCACAGAGACAAAUGGCUGUUGGAGCAGGAGAUGCAGGCGUGGCGGCUCACUGUCCAAUCAGAGCAGGGCAUCCUGGAGGACAGGUGCUCGGAGAUGGAGAUUACCAUGGAAACGCUGAGACAACACAACGUGCGUCUACAGGGUAUGCUCACACAGGCUAUAAACAAGAUGGAGGCUCAACAACAUGCAGACAACACGUCUCACGGCGUGGACACAGAGAACACGGAGAGAGACGCACACGGAAACACUGAGGAUGAAGAGGAAGACGCGCUGUUGAAGGAUGAGUGGCAUGAAGACGAAAGACAAGCUUCAACUCCCACAGUCCAACAGGGACUGCCUCCGUCACAUGAUAUCCACUGUGAGGAGGAGGGGGGGGAGGAGGAGGGGGGGUCUACAGGUGACAGGUGUCUGUGCCAUUCAACAGGACAAGAAGACAGACCAGAGGAGGCGGGACUACAAGGAGAGGACACCUGUCUGUUGGAAGAAGAAGAAGAGGGAGAGGAGGAUUGUGGGAUGUGUAGUUCAGACCAGCUGCUGCUGGAAACUGUAGAGAGACUGAAGACUGUGAUGGAGACAGACAGGUGGAGAGAGGGACAGACAGGUGAAAGGAAGGGGGUGGAGUUUCUGGAGGCUGCAGACCAGGUGGGAGACUCAAUACACCACCUGGUGGACGCUGUGAGGAGAGACACACACUGACCAGGUGCCUCGCCGACUCCGACCACCUCCCGCUGAUCGACAGGUACCUGCACAGGUGAAUCCCAGU